ACUCUUUCAUCUCUCUAACUCUCUUUGCUUGUUUAUUGAUCUAUACGAACAAGUUUUUAUGUACACAGACUCAGGUGAAAACUCGUCAUCGUCAAGACCUCGUAGUAGUAGUAGUAGCCUUGGAAUCAAGGAGAAUGAUCUGCGAAGUAGACCUGUUUCGCCCAAUCAUGUGCAGGAUUUCAGGUUUAAUUCAAGACGCUCAGCAAGCUCUGCACUAAACGUAACUGACAUGGAUAGUACAGGAGUAUCAGCCAGUAAGCUGAGCCGUAAAGGACUUCCAUCACCAACCAAUGCUGGACCCUCCGUUGCAGCUCUUCAACAACGCCAUCAGUGGUUAAUGCAACAGCAGCAAGAAACCGGUAAUACAACAUCCCAAAACAUCUACAAUAUGUCUCCACGAAACAGAGCUGUAUCUCCUGUACCAAAUAACAUGAAGCUGAGUGAAUAUACUGACAAUGACAGGAUGAAGCCUAACAUGUCAGACGCAGUAAAGAAUGGUCAAGCAAGCGAUGUAGACGUGGUGUAUGAGGAUACAAUCGAAGAUUAUGAAAAUGAAAACGUUGAGGAAGAACGGAUGGUCAUCCUUCGAGAUACAAGAGCAAGGUCACCCAGCAUACAUAAAGGUGCUGGCGGAUCCGUGAUGUCCGCUCAGUCGUCAUCCAGUUUUCAUUCAAUUCCUCAAGUGAUUAAUCCUGAAUUCAAGAUUGUUAAAGAGGGCUGGUUGUACAAGAAGAAUAGUCUAACGCAAUGGAAACCUGUUUAUGCUGUUGCUAAACAUGGAAAUGCUGUUAAGCCUGGUGGGUUAUACUUAUACAAAGAUGACAAAUGCUCAAGCCAUAUACAAACCUAUGACAUGAGUGAAGUUUUGGAAGUCUCGCCGAAGGCUCAAGAAUAUAGACCAGGCAUUAAAUGGGAGAUUCGCAUGCUUGCUAAAAAGGAUAAUGUAGUUUUAGCCACAGACGACAUGCUGACACGAAAAGACUGGAUCGAUUCGCUAACAUCUAUCAUGGGGAAAGUUACCAUUGCCACUCAAAACGCGCUCACUAAUCGUAUUCACUCUUCUGAACAAAUGAACCGUGAUCUCCAAAAUGUUGCUGAGGUGUUGGAGCUUGAGAACUCAAGUUUAAAGGAACAGUUAACAAGUUUGAUGGGAAGUAUAAGUAAAAAAGACCGACUUUACCAACAAGAACUACACAACAGAGAGAAUGAAUUGAAAGAGGCUAUGGCGAGAAAAGAAAGUGCUUUUCAAAAUGAGCUUCAAAAACGGGAAGAAGAACUGUCAGUAGAGAUGGAUCGUCAAAGACAAGCCUUAGAGACAAAGUGCGAGAUAUUCGAACGUGAAGCAAUGCAAUGGCGUGAUAAAUUUAUGGCUUUAGAGAAAAAACGUGAUAUUACAAAUUCAGAUUUUGAUGGUACCCAGCAAGCAAAGAUUGAAGCAUUGGAAAACGAAGUGCGCAGAUGGGAAAAUAGAGCAGAUGAAUUAGAUUUACAGCUGAAACAAAGAAUGCAUAGCAACCAAUCGAGACACACCGGUUCCGGAAUAAGAGAUAUUGACAAUUAUGGAAGCAGUAGUGCAGUGAAGGAUAUGAUUUAUGAUAUUAAUGCAAGCUUGCAAGAUUUACAUCGUCAAAUCGGAAACUCUUCGAAUGCGUCCCUUUCAGAUAUAAACAUAAAUGUUUCAAAACUCUGUAAAACGUUAGAAGAUGCGAAAGAUGGAUGGUCUGAAUUACAAGGCGACAUAAUAAAAUUUCUGGAAAACGAAAAAGAAGAUGCGGAUCUGAAGGAUGCUAAACAAAAGCAUCUGUUUGAUUUGCUGCGUAACGAUGUCGUUCACUUACGCGAGGAGAUUAUCGGUGCAAAUAUAAAUGAAGAUGAGAAUAAUAGUCAAGUGGACCAUAUCAAGCAAGUUCGAAAAGCUCCAUCUCUAUCUGAGAAAUUUGACAUACUGAUACAAAUGGUUGAAAAUAUGCAGCUUAGUCAAUCAAGAUCAGCUGCAUCCUUUACAGGUAGUCAUUCAGCAUCAAGUAUAUCCAGUGACGAUAUGCCUAGUACUCCACCUCUAUCUUUUGCAGAUAAGGGGGCUGAUUUGUACAAAAUAGUUUCCUCUCACCAUCAAGAGUUGAAAGAAUGGAUUGAAGAGUCAAGAAAGAUGCAUAGCUUCACGCUCAAUUCAAUAGAGAAAAACUUACAAAACCACAAACUCCCUUCGGUACCCUCAGAUAUCAGCCAACUACAUGAAAAGAUAACAAAGACAAUAGAAGAAGCAGUUGCUGAAAUCGCUAAAUCUCAAGAACAAUCGCAAGAUGAACAAGCUAAGAAUAUUAAGGUGAUUGGGAAUUAUCUCCAACUUAUUUCAAAUGAUAUUCAAGAAAGCUCGAUUCCCGACUUGUCCGCUUUAUCGCAACAGUUGGAAGAUGUUGUCGAGCGUCUAAAUAAUACAGAGGAACGCCUAUCAUUGUUAAAUGGUCCUGGUAAAUGGAAUUCGAGCCGAUCCGAUGCUGAAGAUGAUAUGACAAUGCUCAACAAUAUGCCAGCGUCUACCAAUAACGCUGCAUUGACUGAUGAUGAUAAAUUAUCACAACUUUACAAUUUUGUGCAAAAUACAGAGCGUUUUAUCGAGCGGUCUUUCCGUAUCUUGGGCCGUUAUGGCGAUAACCCUAAUGCUAUGGAGGAAACCAUUCGAAGAGCCGUCAAGAGUGCAUCAAAAGCUCAGUUAGAAAAGAUUCUUGCUAUACAAGAGCAAAACCUAGAAGAACGUGAACAAAUUGAAAAGAAGAUGCAGCGAUACGAAGAAAAUGCUAGAAGCUAUUUCGAAAAGUCAAUGAGUAAAAUGCACAGUGAUCUUCAUGAAUAUACAGGUGUAAUGUAUGAAAUGCUCGAAAGCCUGGUUUUAAAAGCCUUAGGUGCAUCAUCUCCUGCCUCAUUGAUAGCGAACGGUGAAAAUGACAAAGACGGAAUUUCAGAAGCACAGAAAAAACCAAUAGAUAAUGUCGUUGAACUCUACGCUAAGCUAUCUGGUCUAAAUCAGAUACUCAAGAUGGAAAUUGCUAAACUAGAGAAGCAAAAGGAACAACUAGAAACUGAGGUCAAAACAUUAACACAAACCAACAAGGAUAUACAAAACGAAAUUGAACACAGGAAAUUGGAUCUUAAGACAGUUGAAACAGAAUAUGAACGUUUGCAACACGACAUUCGUAGACUAAGGAAAGAGAGUGCGAACGGUGUUGCUAAGGAGCUCGAACCCCUCAUAUUGCAAAUUGAAAAGCUUAAAAGAAUGGCAACAACCUCCGAUUCUCGACGCUCAAGAAUUGAAAUUAUGGAUGAUCUAAGUUUUAUAGACGCGGAAGAAGAUUUGAACUCCCAGGUACAAAUAGCUUUCAUAAUAUAUUAUUAAACGAGCAGAGUGUUUCUAAUGGACGGUAACAUUUAUAGUACUCAGCAAACCACCAUCGU